AUGGAGUUCAUGUCAAACCUCGGAGGAGGUGCCCAGGCAGACAGGCCCUCCCUCUUCGAACUCAUUGCGCAGGACAAGAUGCGAGAGAUGCUUGAACCGGCCCUCCGCUAUGUCAUCGCCGUUUAUGCACAACGAUACCCCCGCUAUCUGAUCCGGAUCGUGAACCGAUACGAGGAAUUCUAUGCGGUGCUCAUGUUCUUUGUCGAGCGGCACUACCUCCGUGAAUACGGCGCUUCGUUUGCGGAAAACUUUUACGGACUGAAGAGGGUUAGGGCUCCUCGUGCGGUGAAGCAUGCAAAAGUCAACAUUGAUGACGAGUCCGUCGCUUCCUCAGCAGCGGCAGCGGCAGCGGCGUCGAUGUCGGCUUUGCCUGGAUCCAACAAGUUGCGCGAGCGGGAUAUUCGCAAGUCGCUUCUCUUCUUGAUUGGAUUGCCAUAUGUAAAGUGCAAGAUGGAUGAAUACUACGAAAAGGUCUCAGGAGGCGAGGCGGCCCGACUCUUUGGGGACGAAUUCACUCAGGAGGAGGAGGAUCUCACCGGCCAACCAUUGGGUGUUCGGACCAAGGCAAUGGCGCUCAAGCUGUUCAAGAAGGGGUAUCCAUUUGUGAAUGCGCUCUACCAGCUUUCGAUCUUGGCUCAUUACAUUGGAUACCUCUACAACAAGACGCCCUAUUACUCACCAUGGCUUCGUCUCAUCGGCAUCGAAGUCAAGCGUAUGAGUGCCACUGACUAUCGCGAUAUCCAACAGAAGGCCAGGAACACACCCAAGAGAACCUCAAACUCCUUAAUCGAAUCAGUCCAAAACAACAUUCUUGGCCUUCUCUCAGGAUCCCUCGACUUCCUCAAGGUCCUCCUCCCCAUGUCAAUCUUCUUCUUCAAGUUCCUCGAAUGGUGGUACCAAUCCGACUACUACCGUAAAGCUUCCACAGCAGGAGAUUCUGCAGAGGUGCCUCCACCAGCAAGAGUUAAGCCUCACCCUGAAGGUCUGCCUCUGCCAAGAGAGGCCAAUAUUUGCCCGAUCUGUUUGAAGACUAUUACGAACCCUACGGCUUUGUCGUCCGGGUAUGUGUAUUGUUAUCCUUGUGCGCAUAAGCACGUCGAGGACCAUGGACGGUGCCCUGUUACGCUGAUGCAUUGCCGGACGGAUGAUCUUCGUAAGCUCUACAAUGACGCCGGAAUGUAA